AUGGCUGGUAUGAUCGGUCUCAUGCCCACAACUUGGAGAGUCUAUGGAAGAGUUAGAGGGAUCGCUCUGUCUCGAGACCGUUUUCAGUUUAUCUUUCAGAGGGAGGAAGAUCUGGUGACAGUACUUAAUGAUCGUCCUUGGUCCUAUAACCAUUGGGCUCUGGCUCUAGAGAGAUGGAAUGCGUCUCCUCCUGAAGACUUUUUGAGCACGAUGGGGGUCUGGAUCCAUAUCAAGAACAUCCCAUUGAUCCACUUUACCACUGGAACGAUGUACAAGUUUGCUUCUGAGAUCGGUAAAGUGGAGAUGAUUGCGUAUGAUCCUAAAAUCUCUCACACUAAGGAGUAUGUAAGAGCAAAGAUCACAUUUCAUGUGGAUAACCCUGCUAAGGCUUCCAGGAAGUUGUCUCUGAAAUCUGGUGGUGAGGCUCUCAUUGAGUUUGAAUACGAGAGAAUCCACAAGCGUUGCUUCCAUUGCUUGCGUAUCACGCAUGAAAAAAUUCGGUGCCCUCUGUUAAGGAAAGGUUACCAAUUGAAUCGGGGAACAGCUAGCAGUUCAGUGACGCCCCCUGCACAACCAACAAGUCCAACUCCGCUGCUGAAGAAUAGAGUGGAAGCGCUGGAGGCUCCUCCUGGUUUUCCACCGAUGUUUCCUGAACUUUCAAAAGCAGAUCAACAGAUGGCUAUGCUCUAUAUCUCUCACUCUGAUGAGACUGAACGCAAUGCGAGAAUUGUCAGAGUGAAACAGGGCAUUGAAAAAAAUGCAAGAGAAUCCUCCAUCCGCUUAACGAGAAUCACUAAUGAGAUUGACAAGGGGAAAGGUCAUGUAUUUCAAUACCCUGAGAGUCCUCCUGCACUCGAAGGAAAUGGGAAGCGAUCACGUGCGGAACACGUCUUCCGUUUGAAAGAUGUAGAAGAGGAAGCGGAGUCUUCUGCAAGUUUCUGUGAUACUCUUUCUGCUCCAGCUGCUGUUUCGACGGGUUUUCAGCUUGGCCCCUCUUCGGAGGGGCGUGCUUCCGGAAACUUAAGCGUUGGAAAGAGCCAGAGGAAACGACCUCAGUCUUGGAAGAGGAAACUAAACCCCAAGUGA